GAAAAAAAGGCGUGCACGUGGGAGCCUCGGUCAGAGACGGGCGCGGUGGGUGGGAACGAAGCCGGCGAGGGACCAUGGCGUCGCUCAAUUGCAGCGCCGUCGUCUGCGUGAUUUGCUUGGAAAAACCCAAAUACCGUUGCCCCGCCUGCCGCGUGCCUUACUGCUCGGUGACCUGCUUCCGGAAGCACAAAGAACAGUGCAACCCUGAAACUCGUCCUACUGAGAAAAAAGUAAGGUCAGCUGUUACGGCAAAAACUAUAAAGCCUGCGGAAAACAAAGAUGAUGAUGAGGACUCUGUAGCUGACUUUCUCAAUAGUGAUGAGGAAGAGGACAGAGUUUCUUUGCAGAAUUUAAAGAAUUUAGGAGAAUCUGCAGCAUUAAGAAGCCUGCUGCUCAACCCUCACCUUCGACAGCUGAUGGUCAGCCUCGAUCAGGGCGACAACAAGGCGAAGCUCAUGAGAGCCUGCAUGCAAGAGCCCUUGUUUGUGGAGUUUGCGGACUGCUGUUUAAGGAUUGUGGAGCCAUCCCAGGAUGAGGAUUCCUAAGAUGGAUCAUUGUGCUGCUCCCUGGAACGUGUGCGUGACUCUUAGAAUGUGCCCACGCCUGCCAGGGAAGAGCUAGCGUGGGGCCCUCAGCAAGGAUGCUGACUUCCAGGCUGGCUGGCGUAGGGUGGGCCCUACAAAGGCUUUAUCUCCAGCACUGUAGGCGUGGGUUUCAGGCAAGAGGAGGAUACUCGAGGUGACAAACCCUUUAUGGAGGGAGAAUUUGACGAAUUUGACAUUCCAAUGGUGGUGUUUAAAUGUUUUAAUUUUGGUAGCGUUUAGACAUCACACAUGAUUUGUCAAGUUUCAUACCCAUUUGAGUUAAAACUUGCUCACUGUUGCUAAAUAAAAUCAGGAUAUGGUGAUUCUAUGGUAAAUGGCAUUGUUCAUCCUUAGUUCAUAAUUGCUUGAAAUUACAUUAAAUAAAUCAACACAUUAAAUAGGUUUUGUUCCUUUCAAAGGAACUAAAUGCAGAUAUCCCAGUCGAAAUUUGGGGGCUACUUUCAAGCUAACUCGGCCUGUUCUGUUUGCAGGGAAUCGGGGGUGCCCCACUGUAGUGAUGGACUACACAGCUGAGUCGGAUCUCUGAAGGUAGUAAAAUGGGGGAAAUCCUUUGUGGCCCUGAGGUUUCUUAGCCCUGGUUUGCUAACCAACCCCUGACGUCUGUCAGGGCCUGAGAUGUCCACAGAAGCCCCAGGCGAGUGCAGGGGCUGCAGCAGCCGUCGCUCGCUCACAGGAGCUUGGAGUCGUUGUGGGAGUAGUGCGGUGGUGUGUGGAUUAAAUGUCUUUGGCAAAGCAGCUGGCAGGAAAAGGCCUUGUAGACACAAAGGCACCAAGGGGUUGCCCAGCCAGGUGAAGCUAGAAGGUGAGAAGACCUCACCUGUGGCCCAGGCUGUCUCUCUCCAGCAGAAUCUGAUUAAAGCCAGUAACACUGUAGGGUAAGGGUUCAGGGCAGAUGUCUGCGUAUGGCAGGGGAGACUUUCUGCAGUGGAACUUGAUCGAGCCCUGGGUUGGGGGGAGGGAAGAGAAAGAGACCGCUGAACCCCAGCUCCCGGGAGUGCCAGCCCUCCGGGUGCCACCCCCCCCCUUGCCGAGCCAAUGCUAGAAAUGCGGAGAUGUGGACAAGCACUGGUAGGAGACCAACAGCAGGAUUGGGUUCCUGCUCUUUGCUCAUUCUAAACCAGUGGCAAAUUAAAAUACAACAUUUCACAUCCAUUCGGUGUGAUGGAUGAGGGAGCUCUCCCCUAAUAAGAGUAUUACCUGCCACAGUCUUAAGACUGCUUAAAACUGGAAGAGAAAACAAUCCCACUUUUGUUUAUACUCUGGCUGGCCUGUGUGUUGUCAUGGGAGAUCUUCUCCAGGUUAUGUCCUAUCGUAAUUCCUCUGGUAUGAAAACUCACUGUUUUCUUUUGACUUGUGUCACUUAAUCCUGGCUGGGACCCCAUGUGGUAGGUUGAGCAUUAGCCCACUAUGUGUUGGCUGACUCUUUCCUCCGGAGGCCCGUAAUAUAAAACCAGAGCUGUUGAA